GUCCUGCGUGCGUCCUCACUCUGACCACUUCAUCGUGUAGACCCGUGCUCGUGCGUCUGCUCCACACCUGUCCAGGUGUUCGUGCUCAGGACCCAGAUGAGGAAGCUGCUCUCUCUCUCGCCGGUUCCUCUUCCUGCCUCGCAGCGCGCGCCUCGUGCCUCUCACGCAGAAAAGCCGCCGUCAUGGUCGCCGGGGAGCUCGUGCAGGAGCAUCUGCGCGCGGACCCCGCACCUGACGACACCACGGACUACAGCAAGAGUCCCGGACCGGACCGGGCGGCGGCGGCGGAGGAGUUCUUCACGAGCUACGGAGCGCGCGCGGAGCCGGAGCUCCCGCCGGAUGAAAGCGAGGCGAUGCUGCCGAACGGAGGAGGAGGAGGAGGAGGCGCGGAAGAAGAGGAGGAGAAGGAGGACGGGAGCAGGCUCCGAACCCAAGUGUACGGGCGCCGGUUCGCGGUGCUGGCCGUGUUCAGCCUGUACUCCAUGGUGAACGCGUUCCAGUGGAUCCAGUACAGCAUCAUCACCAACGUGUUCACCGGAUUCUACGGAGUGAGCAACGGCGCGGUGGACUGGCUCUCCAUCGUCUACAUGGUGGCCUACGUGCCGCUCAUCGUGCCCGCCACCUGGCUGCUGGACCGGAGGGGUCUGCGCCUCACGGCCCUGCUGGGCUCCGGCCUCAACUGCGCAGGCGCGUGGCUCAAGUGCGCAAGCGUGAGCCCGCAGCGCUUCGGAGUCACCGUGACCGCGCAGGUCGUGUGCUCCGUGGCGCAGGUGUUCAUCCUCGGCCUGCCCUCGCGCAUCGCCUCGGUGUGGUUCGGACCGCGCGAGGUUUCCACCGCGUGCGCCACUGCCGUGCUGGGGAACCAGUUGGGGACGGCCAUCGGCUUCCUCCUGCCUCCAGUGUUGGUUCCGAACACGCCGGAUGAUCCUGAACUAACAGGUCACAACAUCAGCAUCAUGUUCUACGGCACAGCUGCGGUCUCCACAGGCCUCUUCAUCCUCACCGUUAUAAUCAUUAGAGACAGACCACCUCUUCCUCCGAGCCAAGCCCAGGCCGUCUUACCAGGCGCACCACUGGAGGAUUAUUCCUACAAACAGUCUAUUAUCAACCUGAUAAAGAAUAAAGCUUUUGUCCUGCUGCUCAUCAGCUACGGUAUACUGACGGGCUCGUUCUACUCCGUUUCCACUCUUUUAAACCAGAUGAUCGUGUACUGUUACGAGGGCCAGGAGCUGAACGCUGGGAGGAUUGGUUUGACUCUCGUCGUUGCUGGGAUGGUCGGCUCCAUCCUCUGUGGUUUGUGGCUGGACCACACAAAGACGUACAAAAUUACCACUCUGGUGGUGUACGCCCUGUCGUUUGUCGGCAUGAUGGUGUUCACCUUCACCCUGAACCUCAACAACAUCUACCUGGUCUUCUUCACAGCGGGAGUCCUCGGUUUCUUCAUGACCGGCUACCUGCCUCUGGGCUUCGAGUUCGGGGUGGAGAUCACGUAUCCAGAGUCUGAAGGAACGUCGUCCGGACUCCUCAAUGCUUUCGCUCAGAUCUUUGGGAGCAUGUUCACUCUGAUCCAAGGCAGGCUGACCACAGACUUCAACCCGCUGGCUGGAAACCUCUUCCUGUCUGCCUGGAUCUUUCUGGGAGUGAUCCUCACCGCGCUGAUAAAGUCCGAACUGAAACGACACAACGUGAACAUGGAAGCAAACGGCAACAACCUGCAGGCGCUUCCUGUGGACCGUCCCGAGGACGGACCUCCUCCAAACAAGACCCAAGGAGUGAAGCUGGAGCCGUCGCUCAGCUUCUCCAGAGAGACUUCUCUGUGA